AUGUCUAAGGGCUGCAUCCAAGGCUCCACGUGCGGCCCUGUUCUCUGGGACAUAAUAUUAGACGAAUUACUCAACACCAAGCUUCCAGCGGGUUGUUACAUACAGGCCUUUGCAGACGACGUCCUGCUGGUUGUUACGGCCGCGAGUGCGGGCGAACUGGAAAGCGCUGCCAACUUGGGUCUUCACCACAUAGUCGAGUGGGGAAGGAUCGUCGAGUUGGCAUUCGGCCCCACCAAGACGAGGCUCAUUGCCUUCACUCCUAAGACAGCCAGCAUUAACAUCGACGGACACCGACUUUGCUUUGUUCCCGAGGUGAAACUUUUAGGAGUAAUCCUCGAUGAGAAAUAG